UAUAGUUGCAUUCUGCGGUUCCAAAGGAAGUUUCCAUCAGUCCACCUCGGUGCCACCCGCAGAGCUGAACCUUCAGAAGCGGUUCUCGUCACGAACGGUCAUGAUCACAGCCCUGACUUCAUACGGACCGCUCUUCAACGAACGCAUCGGAAACGUAACACCAAUGCGAUUUACAAGUCUGCCGAAAGCUUUCUGCAGGAGUCGGGAGCCGCUGGUCUGCAGAAAUCAGGUAGAAUAUCCGUAUUAUCAUGAAAGCCGACAAAGCCUGGCAGACUCCACGGCGCUGGGAUGCUUCGUUUGCGCGAGUGUCACGCGCUCCACGUUGCUCGGGAGGAACCCCUUCGCCGGCAGCACGAACUUCGGUUCUUAUUCGAGCACAUCUCACUACAUCAGGAUUCUGAGUGCGCCAGACAGGAGCCAUGAACGCGGGGACGUUUGCGGUUCAGUACAGGUACACGAGCUCGGCGAGGAGAUCGCCACGCUGAGUGCGUCAGCCUUGUGUAGUCCUUCGACAGGCAGCCAGGCAACGCUCUCUGUUGCCCAAUAUUGGUUGGGUGAAUGUAUGAAGACACAUGCGAAGUGCGGAGCAGGCUCAGAUCCGCAAUGGUAUCCCACCCGAUUAUUGGAUCUGUCUCAAAGCCGAAUACGAUUGAUCGAGACGACAGGAAAAACAUUGAAUGGACGAUACGCGACGCUCAGCCAUUGUUGGGGAGGUGAAACCAUACCGGUAAUGAACUCGGAGAAUCAUGAUACUUUCGUGUCAAUCGGUCGAGCCUUGUCGGAAUUUCCCAAGAGCCACGCUGAGGCUAUUGAAGCUGCAAGGACAUUGGGGUUCCGAUAUUUUUGGAUCGAUUGCUACUGCAUUAUGCAAGCUGGCAUGAAUGCCUCUUUUACUUCGGACAAAGCAAAAGAGUUGACUAUGAUGAAAUUGGUUUGUGCCAACAGCGCACUCAAUAUUGGUGCAACGAGUGCAUCUGCGCCAAGCAUCGGUUGCUUCACAGAUCAUAAUGGUAGCAUUGUAUGUCCAGACAGGAUCACCCUGACCCGGCCUGGACUCGCUCGACCUCAGGUCUUCCAGGUUGAUUCUUUCGACUAUGUGAUCGACAAAGAUAUGUUUUACCGCAAAAACAAACUCUUCACGCGAGGUUGGGUUUUUCAGGAACGUCUCCUGGCACCAAGGAUGCUCCACUUCGCUGGUGAACAAUUGUACUGGGAAUGUUCAGACGUGCCUUUGGCCAGCGACAGGCUGCCAUUCAACAUCCAAGAGCGGGCCAAUCCAGAGUUUCCAUUUAAUCUAGACCGGAAUGAUGUCCAAAUUUCGAAAUAUAAUGCCGGAGUUUGGGAGAAUGUUGUCAUGGCAUAUUCUCGGCUUGAACUUUCGUACCCCCUCGAAGACAAAUUUGCCGCUCUCAGUGGUGUUGCUGAGCGUAUGACAGAGCUUCUCGAUGAGCAGUACAUUGCAGGCCUCUUCAAAAGUCGACUGCCCCAACAAUUAUGCUGGUACCGGGAGCCUGGGAGUUCACGCGACAAAAGAUGGCGUGCACCGUCCUGGAGCUGGGCUUGUAUGGACGGCCGUGUCGGGUUUUCUGGUGGUCUCGAGGAAGCGCUUGCAGAGUACGUGUCGUCAGCAGUCUAUCCGCACCACCUCGGAAAUGAUUACGGCCGCCUGAAAGAUGCGUCCAUCACACUGAGCGGCCGUAUGCUUGAGGGACGCAUUCGAAGACAUCCAUCUAGGCUCAGAAAUGCCAAGCGAGUCCUGCAAGAGGACCUCAAUCUCGAGGUUGGCUCUAUUGAAAUACAAAUGAAUAAUGCUCUUGGAGUUGGAUUUCACGGCUCCAGCUUUGACGAUGACAUUCUACUGGGAUCGCCCAGUGGCUCCACAUUCUACCUGCUUCCUCUCGUAUGGUGCGACAACAGUAAAUGGCAAUUGCCUCAUUUGACGGCUGAAGAAACUUUGAAUACAUCCCAAGAACUGCUGGAACAGCAGUCGACAUUGGAGAUGCGCGGGCUCGUGCUCGAAACAUCGAAGGAUGAGGCGUUGAAGAGGUGUGGCCAGUUCCACAUUUCAGGCACUGAGGAUCCUGUGAAGCUUCUGAAGAUGUGGGCAUCGAUAUCUCCUGCUCAUGUGCCCAUCAUUUGA